AUGGUGAACACCCGUAGUGCCCUUCGCAAGGAGAUGGAGGCACCGACCAAGGCGCAUUCGGACACGCUCGUUACGCAACGAUUAUUUGUUUCACCAAACGAAGAGAAGCCCACCACCAGUGCACGCAGCGUGAAAACAGAAGGACAAGCGAAGGAUUUGUCCAACUUCAAGUUGCCGACGGAAAAGGAUCGGAAGUCAAAAUCCAACAGAUCCUCAUCAUCUGCAGCUCUGGCACAGAAGAAGAAGUUAGAACUUGAAGCGGCAACAGCAAAGGCUCGGAUCCAAAUGGAAUUAAUAGACGCAAAGCUAGAAGCAGACCUAGCAGCCGUAGAAGAAAAAUACAGUUCACUAUCGUCGAGGAGUACCAACGGCAGUGACGGCAAGGACAUCGAGAAAUGGCUCGAUCAAAGUCAGCGAGAACUGGAGAAGCACAGGGCCUGCACUGAUGGUGCAACCGCAGGUCCCGCGCGCCCGCCGGCUGAGGCCGGCACUGAUGGUCCAGUUCAGCAGCUCACCGCCGCCGCCGCCGCUCCACCGCCGGGUCAAGCCGGCACUGAUGGACCCAUUCUGCAACUUGUUAGUGCAAUGAAGGAGCUAGUUACCAGCACGGUCGCCGGUAACAACAACAACCUACUUACUAGGAUCAGCACACCUAAAGAGCUGCCACCGUUCUAUGGGGAUCCAACUGAAUGGCUAGCGUUCAAACAAGCCUACGAGGAGUCCACUUCACUAUGCAACUUCAGUGAGAGGGAGAACGUCUGGCGAUUGAGAAGGUGUCUACGCGGCGCCGCGCGAGAGACCGUGGCCGCCCUGCUCAUGACCGCCGCCGCGCCGCGCGACGUGAUGGCCACGCUUGAGCUACAAUUUGGGAACGCAGACAUCAUAUUAUCGAAGAUUAUGAGUGAUAUUAAAAAACUAAAUCCAGUUUCACCAGAAUAUCAGAAAGACAUUGUGCCAUUUUCAAUAAAGGUGAAGAAUUACGUGGCCGCCGUGCGCGCGCUGCACCGCGAUGAGUACCUGGAGGGAGUCAGCGUAGUCAACAUAGUGCUCUCCAAGUUGCCUACAGUACUAGUGUCGAAAUGGGCUGACUACAGUUACCCGCUCAUCACACAGGGAUGCAAGUCACGAUUGGAUAUAAUAUCCGACUUUUUAAAUGAAGAAGCAGUGAAAAUAUCAACAUGUAGUGCUAGUUUGAUGAACAUUCGUGAUAAUAAACGUAAACAAAUGGAGAACAGUUAUUACAACCAACCACAAACAGUUUUAGUACAAAGUGCACAGUACAAAGACAGAUUAGAAGAAAAGUGCCGGUUUUGUCGUAUUUCAAAACACAAGUUAACCGAGUGUAAAAAGUUUAAACGUUCAUUACGUAAGGACCGCUGGGCGUAUGUGAAACGAACGGGACUUUGUUACAAGUGUUUAUCAUCGUAUCAUGAUAGACAAACGUGUCCAGCCGCCGUGUGUGACGUAGACUCUUGCGGUGAAUCUCACCAUCGUUUACUACACUACGUACCUAGUUCGCGUCAAGACAAUACCGUCGCCGUGCAAGUGUCGCAAAGUGAACAAAAUGACUCUGAACAACAAAGUGAAAGUCACGAAACUGUUACCCAUAUAAAUUCAAACAGCUGUUCAGUGUUACUAAAAGUAGUGAAAAUAAACAUUCAUGGACCUAACGGUGUUAUCAGUGCUACCGCAUUACUGGACGAUGGUUCUACUGUGUCGCUGAUAAGCGCCGCCCUCGCCGCGCGGGCCGGGCUGCGCGGGCGCAGGCAGGCGCUGCGCGUGCGGGGCGCCUGGGACAAUACCGACCUUGUGUGUGAUACCGAACUAGUAGACUUUACUUUAUCUAAUAAACAAGGAACAAUACAUAAAAUCAGUGCGCGUAGUGUGAAUGAACUUAACUUACCGGUACAGAACUUAACUCAAAUAAACUGCGAGAACUUUAAUUACUUACGUGAACUGAAAGGUGAAUUGUGUACUGAACAUUUAAAACCGGAAGUGCUGAUCGGCCAGGACAACUACCACCUGCUGCUACCGCUGGAAACAUUAAGCGGCAGUCAGAAUGAGCCGUGCGCCACCCGCACGCCGCUGGGCUGGUGCGUGCACGGCCGUGUGCCGCGCGCCCGCGGCCCCGCCGCCGCCGCGCCGCUCACCACGCAUUCUACACUCUUCAUCAGCGACGAAGCUGAACAUCAUCACAAUCACGACAAUCUGCACGAAGUAGUACGCCGCUCAUUUGAGAUCGAGUCCAUGGGCGUGUCCGCCUGCAACCCGCGGCAGAACACGCAGGACCAACGAGCCUGGGAACAUCUGGAACAAACUUCCAGGCUUGUGAAUGGCCAGUGGCACGUCGGCUUACCCUGGAAGGAUAUUAAUUGCGUAAUGCCCGACUCUUAUCAGAAUGCUAUAGCUAGAUUGAAAGGAGUAGAACAAAAGAUGAACAAAAAUGAAGAAUAUGCCGAGAGAUAUAAAGAGAGAAUUCGGCACCUAUUGAAUAACGAUUAUGCAGAAGAGCUGGAAAACUGUGAAGUUACACCUAAGACAUGGUACUUGCCACAUUUCGGCGUGGACAACCCCAACAAAAAGAAACUGCGCCUUGUGUUCGAUGCAGCAGCUCAAUCUUCAGGGUUGUCACUGAACGACUACCUACUAAAAGGACCGGACCUACUCAUGUCACUAUUUGGAAUAAUGUUACGGUUCAGAGAGAAUAGAAUAGCCGUAAUAGGAGAUAUUAAAGACAUGUUUUUGAGAAUUAAAAUUCAAAAAGAAGACCGAGAUGCCCUACGCUUUGUUUUUAGAGGAAACCCUAACACUGAAGAUAAGAACCUACCACAAAAACAAAGCACAAAUAAUGAGUCAUCGCCAGUGAAAACCUAUGUGAUGUCAUUCCUAAUAUUUGGUGCUAAUUGUUCACCAUUUGUUGCACAAUUUAUAAAGAAUAAGAACGCCCGCCGGUUUGAGCAAUCCAUGCCCGCCGCCGCCGCCGCCGUGGUCCGCCAGCACUACAUGGACGACUACAUCCACAGCGUGCCAGACGAGCAGACCGCUAUCAGGCUUAUCAAACAAAUUACCUACAUACAUUCACAAGGUAACUUUGAAAUACGCAACUGGAACAGCAACAGCGAGAGUGUACUAAACAGCGUGCCAAAAGAGACCCUCGGUGAAGCGGCCGCACUAUGUAGCUGCGAAAACAAGAGCAAGCGAGACAGAGAGUGA